AUGUAUGAUUAUCAAUCAACCAGUUUACCACCGAUACGUGCUCGUCAACAACGACCAAGCGGUGUUCAAGUUCAACAACUCUAUGAAAAUAGUCCAGUACAUCAUCCUCAACAAUAUUAUCCGACACAUUUGCGUCAUGUUGGCGGUGGAGAUGGAACAUCGCACAUUGGACAAGCAGCAAUUUCCACAGUAGGAACAACAACUAUUGGUGGAGCAUCGACAUUGUUAAGUAAUAAUAAUAACAAUAAUAAUAAUACAACGAGCUAUCAUAAUGGUGGUACUGUUAUAGCCCAACCAUCAUCCGAACAAUCGUUGAGAAAAAGUCCAAGUGGUGAUAGUCAAGCAUCUUUACGUUCAACAUCUCAACAAAAACGUCAGACAAAUGCACUUGAUCCAGAAACAGCUAUGAAAUCGUAUAUGUCGAAACUAACUACAUUCGAACGUCACGAAAUAUUUAGUUUUUCACAGAUCUAUUUUGUUGGACAAAAUGCAAGAAAACGGCAAGGAGUAGGUGGUGGUCCAAAUAAUUGUAAUUAUGAUGAUGAAAAUGGUUAUGAAAUAUUGAAAAUUAUUGGCAAAGGUUCAUUUGGUCUAGUUGUGAAAUGUUAUGAUCAUAAACAUGGCAGUCAAAUAGCAUUAAAAAUUGUUCGUAACGAAAAACGCUUUCAUCGUCAAGCCCAAGAAGAAAUUCGAAUAUUAGAACAUUUAAAAAAACAAGAUCGUGAUAAUACUUUUAACGUAAUACACUUAUACGAAUGGUUUCAAUUUCGUAAUCAUAUUUGCAUCACAUUUGAAUUAUUAUCAAUGAAUCUAUAUGAAUUGAUAAAAAAGAAUCGUUUUCAAGGUUUUAGUUUACAAUUAGUAAGAAAAUUUGCCCAUUCAAUAUUACAAUGUCUAGAUGCUUUAUACAGAAAUAAAAUUAUCCACUGUGAUUUAAAACCAGAAAAUAUUUUAUUGAAACAACAAGGAAGAAGCGGAAUUAAAGGAGUUUACGAGUUUAUACAAGAUCCUGAGGACAGCGUAAAAAUAUCAGUGUAG